AUGGAGCACUGGGCGGCGAAGAAGAAAAAGAAGAAGAAGAAGAACCAAGAAGCAGAGAACCAGUUCCGUCGUUUGCCGGACGACGUCGUGUUGAACAUCUUCGACAAGAUCUCUGACAUCGAGUGGCUCUGCAGAUGCUUCUUAGUCUCCAAGCGAUUCUCUCGCCUUAUCUCUAGCGUCCAAACGGUCUCCGUCAAAAGAAUGUCGUGUAAAUUUGGCUUUCUUGGAAAUUUGUCCAAGGACUCGCCUCGAUCGAAUUUAUCUGGCUUGCAGUUCCUCUCUGUAUUUACACGGAUUCGAUCUCUGAAUCUCGAGAUUGCCUCCCAUUUCAAAGGCUAUAAUGGUUCUGUUUUCAAAUGGGGGGCCAAAUUCACCGCCAAACACCACGGCGUCACGCUUCUCUAUGCGGAAUCUCUAUCUGAAAUGAAGGAAGCUGAAGAAGAAGCGGAAGACGAAACUGAGAAUGUGAUAACUCUGAAGAGGCUGAUUCGCCGAUUAAAGUUAGGCCGUGAGUGCAUGUAUUAUGCAGGGUUGUGGCUGGUAACCUUGUCUCGUGUUGUCACGCAGCACCCGACGCUUCAGAGCAUUACAAUCACCGAUCCGAAGAACAAAGGGGUGAAGCUCUAUUUGUGUGAUGAAAAGCUAGCGGAGUUCAGGAUUGCUUUCAAUUGGGACAGGCUGCUUCCGACGGCCGAGUCAUGGAUGAUAGAGCUAGAGAAUAUGAGAGUUGGGUUUGUGCAUGUUUUGCAGCUCCCUAUGUCUCGGUAUGUGAUGAAAGACGUAAUCAAUGUUACCUUCAUACCGAAUGGUGAUGGUGAUUCUGAGGCCAAUUCGGCCAUGUUGGACGCCUUUGUGGAGGAGCAAGGUAUUUUUUCAGAAGCCGUGGACCAGAUUCUGCAAAACCACAAGGACACUAUCGCAGCAUUCAAUUUCUAUGACCUAAUUGCUGCUUGA